ACCAUGAAGCUACAUUUGGAAGGCAAAGAGGGAAGAUCCUCAUUUGUCACAAUACUGUCUCUUCAGUUUGGGUCAGGAUUUCCAGAUAGGUGAAAGCCUCAAAGAUAUCCACUGCUCCAGUCAACUUACAUUAUCUGACACAGUUCUUGUACAACUGUGGACAUACUGUGGAGCAUCAAGAUGGAGAACCCACAGCAUGUUACAUUUCUGCUAGUUGCUUUCAUUGUGUCAUCUGCUCAAGGGACUGCCAAGGUAAGUCCUAUGUCCUUCCCUGCUUUGUGUGGCUAUUGAUGAACAAAGAAUGACUAAUUAGAGGAGGUGCAGAGAACCUUUGGCCCCUCAUAUGUUGCUGAACUACAACUCCCAUCAUUCCUGGCUACAGGCCAUAUUUGCUUGGACUGAUGGGAGUUGUAGUUCAGCAGCAUCUGGAGGGCCAAAGAUCCCCCACUCCUGAAUUAGAGAAAGCUAGGCUUUCUCUAACCCAAGGGUUGCCCCAAGUUUGGAAGGAAUCUACUGUGGUAAAUCUUGGCAGUGCUAAGGAGAUGGCUAUGGGCACUUAGGCCUUGCAAGAAGGUCCAUGGGUUCAGCAAAAGUUCCCUAUAUCUUGCCAUUGGAUUAAUAUGUGAUCAAAUGAUUGCUCUUCCAGAGUCUUAUUCUGUUUUACUCACAACUGAUUCUUAAAGAUGGUGAAAUUGAGAGACAAACAGAAUUUAGAAAAGAAUGGAGUAUGCAGUUGUGAGCUGUCUCAGGUUAUAUGUCCCACGCCUCUUUCUUUCUUUUUUGCAUUAUAUGACUACUGACCAAACUAAGACAAUAGCCUUUGUUUUGUUUUUUUGAAGCUGUCUGGGUGGUGUUGUUAGGAAUGAGCAGGCUGUCUAACGGGACUUUUUUCCAAGUCAAAUACUCACCACCCAUGCUGCUGUCAUGCCCCCACUUUUCUCAGAGAAGGGAGAUAUAGGAGUUGAUAGUGCAGGGUGGAUGAGAAGAUGAGAAGUCUAACCUCAGCUGUACCUGGUGUGUCACACAUCAUUUCCUAAUGGAAUACACAUCACAGUGCUGGAUUAUAAGCCCCUGAUUCUUGGCAGGAAAUUACAUGCAGGGCACAUAAUUUGGAAAAACAGAGCAGCAGCAAGGUAUCUCCUUGACUGCACAUUAUUUAUUUGUUUAAAGCAUUUGUAUAGCUCCUUUAAUCUGAAGAUGUCCGGGUGAAGUACACAACUUCAGUAAAUUAAUCAAAUCACAUCUAUAAAACCCAUAAAAAUAUAUGGCCAAAGUACCAUAUUUUUCGCUCUAUAAGACGCACCGGACCAUAAGACGCACCUAGUUUUUCGAGGAGGAAAACAAGAAAAAAAAAAUUCUGAAUCUCAGAAGCCAGAACAGCAAGAGGGAUUGCUGCGCAGUGAAAGCAGCAAUCCCUCUUGCUGUUCUGGCUUCUGGGAUAGCUGCGCAGCCUGCAUUUGGUCCAUAAGACGCACACAUAUUUCCCCUUACUUUCUAGGAGGGAAAAAGUGAGUCUUAUAGAGCAAAAAAUACGGUAUAUCACAGGUGAACCUCAACAGCAAUCACAAAAAACCAUGCUCCAAGCUGGUGUUUAUCGGAAGACAAUGUAGACAUCAGCUGGAUUUCAAGGGGCAGGGAGUUCCAAAGCUGAGGCAACACCACAGAGACCCGUCAAUAUGUCUCCAAAUAUAAUCUACAGUUCCUAAACAUGAUAUGCAUGCAAGACCUCUCCUUGGCUGUGUGUGAUGUGUGAUGUGCAUUAUUACCUUCCAGGGAUCAUGGGGCUUUUAAUAAUGCUGCAUCCCAUUAAGUAAUGAUAUACAGAGCAUGUAAAUUACAAACAAGGAGAGGCUCAGGCUCCUGCUCUCCUCUGCAUAUUACCCUUUCCAAAGCCCAUUUUGGGUUGGACCAGUCUCCUGCUCCUGAUUCAAAUGAGGCCAGCCUGUUUGAACAUUUUAAGCUCAUCCAUUCUCUGCUUGAGGUGAGGCCAUGUGGUGGAGGUGAUUCACCAUUCAGCCAACAAUGCAUAGGAUGCAGCCUCUUGUCUGCAUAAUGGAUUGGGAGCCUUGUGUUGUGAACAGCAAACUGUCAUACAUGUUUUCUGAGAGGCCAUAUGACUCACAUGAUGCAAUUAUCAAUUUGCUCCAGGCUGGCUCCAGUGAAAUGUCAACAAAUAGAUCCCAACCGAUAUUGAACAUGGCACAUUACUCCCUCGAUGACAAGUAUGAAGGCUGCCUGGAGAGCAUGCAGAGCAUCCUGACGUCUCUCAUUCUAAGUGAGCUGAAUAUAUCUAAGAUCUAUAAGGAAGCAUGGGAGGAAGCACUGUUUAAUUGGCAGGAGAACCAGUCCAAGUUAUACCCCAAGAAUAUGGAAGAGCUCUCUGAAGUGGCUAUCUGGGCAUACACUGGAGCAUACCCUUCACUCUACAGGAAGUUCAAUGCUGCCACCCGCACAGCAGGAAAAGGGCCUGAGGAAUAUGAGGCCUACCCUUUCAAGUCCCUGCAUUUCCUCUUAACCCAGGCAACCCUGUCAUUCAAACGAAAGGACCACAAAUGUGUUAAGGUCUACAGGGGCACUGGUGUGAAGUUUUCCAUCAAUGACCUCUUCAGGUUUGGGCAGUUCACUUCCACAUCAGAGAACUCGACUGUGGCCGAAGUGUUUCAGACUGUAACCUUUUUCAAAUUGUUCACCUGCGAGGGGAUUGAUAUAAGUGAGAUGUCACUUUUUCAAGAAGAGGAGGUGUUGGUCCCUCCCUAUGAGAUUUUCAAGGUCACGUCAGUUGAAGACACCCCAGAUGGCCAGACCGUAGAUGCCAAGUCAGUGGGGACUUGCAGCUACCACAACUGUGCUUUUGAGGGGAAAGGUAACCAAAUGGAAGUUACUGGGCUUUUCAUUUUGUGGGGCACCAGUUCUAAUUCCCCAUCCCUCCCUGUCUGGGUUGGGUUUGGCGUAGUUGGGUGGGUGGGCAGAAGUAAAUUUCAUGAAGAAAUUGGAUGUGUGAAUUUUUUCUUAAUCCAAUACCAUCCUAAAUGGAUGAGGGAAAAACAUGUUUUCUUUUCUGUAUAGGGUGUAAAAUCAGUUCUAAAAUCCUCCUCCCACUAUGAACUAGACCAGAGGUUCCCACUUUUUUGGCCUACUACCCACUUUUCAGAAAUUGUUUUACUAGUGGCCUCUGGAAAUCUACCUUCUUUAAGCAUUUAAAAGCCCAUGGGGUGGCGCUGGUGUCACAGACCACCUGCCAUUGGCCCACUAGGCAGGCAAGCCAUGAUCUACAUCCUGGGCCUGGAUAAGGCCAAAAAGGGUUCACCCAAACCUCUCACCUCCAGCACGACCGCCAGAUUCAGGGGAGGUGUUGACCUGGUUGUUGGCAUCAGGUAGGCAACAGAUGAAACAUGUAUGAACAGUUUUUCAAAAUUUUCUUAUCUUCUUUCUUUAUCCUUCCACAGCUCCCUUAUUUUUAUUCACCAACCUGAGGCUACUACCACCCCCACCGGAUUGUUCUAGCACCCCUCAAGGGGCGGUAUCACCCACUUUAGGAAACACUAAACUAGACAAAUUGGAGAGACAGAUAUACAGAAUCUUGCCCCUUCUAAGGUUCUCAGACUAUAAGAUGGGAAUUGGGAGAAUGGUUGUUUAAAGAGGGGAAAAUACUUCUCUCUCUCUAUUCUAUAGGUUGGGAUAACAACCAAGCCUGUCCUGGACAUCAAGGUAUGUGACAGCCUGAGAUGGAAUUAAAACUUGGUGUUGGUGGUGGAGGUGGAGGGGAUGACUAAAAUGGAUCUAUAUGGAGUGGUUUUUGGAAUCCCUAGAUUCCUUAGCACAGGAAAGGUUAGCCUGCAAAAGAAGAUAGUUAAAGGUGGGGGCCUUGGGGCCACAUUCCUCCUGGGAAACCUUCUAGAGGCCGCAUGCCAGUGAUGGGAGGGUUCAAGAACGUAAGUGGGCCGUGCUGCAAUGGAUGAGACUCUUACUUUUGUUCACUUGGCUCCAUUCCAACCAUGCAAAAAACCUGAGGUUUCUACACCCAUAACCACACUUCUCGAUCCUCCAUCAGGCAAGCAAGAGGUACCAGCAGUACAGUUCAAGUACACAUUCCAGGAAGGCAAAAGCACUCAUGAGCAGGGCUGGUGAGGAAUGUGGCCCAGGGAAGACUGGAUAAAGAGAUCCACAGAGUCACAUUUGGCACGAGGGUCUCAGCUACAGUUCCUAGCAUUCCCUGGGAAGAGAGAUUAAACCUCUCUGGGAAUUGUAGCUCUGGGCAGGGGAUGGAAGUGUCCUGACAACUAUCAGCACCCCUAACAAACUACGCUUCACAAAUUCCUUGGGGGAAGCCACAACUGUUCAAAAUGGUAUCACGGUGCUUAAGAAUGUAUGGUGUGAAUGUGGCUUGUAUCUCAACCCAUGUUGUUCUUUUGUUAGAGGGAUAUGUCACGUUUCUCAAGAGCAGAUUGCAUUCUUCUUGUGUACUUGUGGCAAUGCAUCUCCACACUUUGCAAUUCUAGAAUCACAGAAUUGUAGAGUUGGCUCCAAGGGUCAUCUAGUCCAACUCCCUGCAAUGCAGGAAUCUCAACUAAAGCAUCCAUGGCAGAUGACCAUGCAACCUCUGCUUAGAAACCUCCAAGGAAGGAGGGCCUGCAAACUCCCAGCUUUUACUGUUCGACUCCUCUGAAUCUUAUGUUUAUGACAAACACCACAUUUCACAGUAGCUAGUUUUUUAUUUGUUUUUCAAGGAAGGGUAAAGAAUAACAGCAAUAGUCUCCAUUAUCAAACUCACCAUAAAAAACUCAUGAAGCCAUUGUUUCAGGCAGCAGUCUCCAAUGUUCCUUCUCCCUGCAGACUCUCUGCCAUCAGAUAGAGCGGGAGGAGGAGAGAAAUAGUUUACAAUAGUCCACACUUCAUUGCUGAAGUCACUUACAGGCAGGUUAACAGCAUAUUCCUGUGCAUUUUGCCCAUUGUUUUCCUCAGGGCAUUCCUCCAUCAUCAGGUUUUCUAAUGUUCAAUAAGUGCACCUUUAUUUUCCACAUUUGUUGCACACAAUUCCCCCCUUUCUAAACAUGUAGAAUAGCUCUUGUCAUGGAGCAAGAGCUACAUUAUUUUAGUUUGUAGGUGGACUAGCCACAUUCUCUGCUAACCCUAAAGCUUUGCAAUGUGAGGCUGAAACCACAUCAGGGUGUGCCCUACUAACUUCUGAAUGCACUUUCUGUCUUUUCCUCCACAGUGCUGUAUUUGUGAGACCUCACCAUCCCAGUGAUGUCAGGUUGUGGCCUGCCAAGAAUUACGCUUUGCAAGAAUCUCUGUGGUUUUUCCACAUUGUCUAUGUCUAUAUUUGUAGAUGCAGGGUCAAGAAUCUGAAGGAAUGCUGGCCCCAAAUGUUCCACAGCAAUUUCAUUUUCCCUUUUACAGGUAGCAAAAUGGAGGGGCGGGGGGAAAGAGAUAUUUCAUCACUAUUUGAGAACUGCAAAAAGAAGGGCAAAGGGAGUGGGGGAUGUAGGCCUUAUUUGCGUCAAGUGCUUUGUUUUUCUAGAAAAAUAGGUGCCAGUACUCACCAUGAAGUUGUUGCAGUAAGUGUUACACUUUUAAACAAAAACAAAAAAAGAGAGGUGGCGGUACUGCGUACACUAGAGUACCCCCUGAAAAAUGCACUGCUUGUUGCAAUGCCCCUCUGUAUGGCUGGCAGCCAUAAUUUUUCCCUCUGCUCCCCCAACAUUCUCUGGGAAUGAAAAUACAUGACAAUGACUUAUGUUUUCCCCUUGGGCCAUGUGGCAAGUGGUGGAAAUGUUCUCUCUCCCUGACCCCAGUUUCAACCCAGAUAAUUUUUGGCUGAGCCUUAAUCUAAAGACAUGUGCAUAAAUAUUGAAGACCACCUAAAGCAGAUUAACAGCACAAUCCUAUAUAUACACAUCCUCUAUAUAUAUAGUAUAUCUGUUCCCAUUGAGUUAAAUGGGGCUAAGCGGGUAUAGAAUUGUACACUGAUUUUCUUCUUCUUUUCUUUUGCUUUGCAUAAUAAUCUCCUGCACAGCUUGACUUUGGGGCUUCGAUUUGUAAAACCACUUAAUCUGACGUGUAUGAAAUAAUUUUCUGAAUUAUCUGUCAGGGUUUUGAUAUAACCACAUAAUAAAAAGCACUUUU